GCGCCAACAAAGCCGGGUCCCGCCCCUGCUCUCCCGGACCUUGCGGCUGAGACCCGCGCCGCCCGUUCCCGCCCAGGUUCCGCUGCUUUCCCCCUGCCGAGGGCGCGAGGCGCUGGAGCUCUCCCUGCACCUCCCGCCUGAGACCAGGCACGAGGUGUCGCCCGGUGCCAGACAGCCCGUUUGGGAGCGAACCUCUCAGGUCAACCCAAUCAAUGCCUCAGACAGAUAAGCAAAUAUGCAUCCCCCCGGAGUUGCCGGAAUUGCUGAAGCAAUUUACCAAAGCCGCCAUUCGGACCCAGCCACAAGAUCUCAUCCAAUGGGCUGCGGAUUAUUUUGGAGCUAUGUCCCGGGGAGAGAUCCCUCCAGUGAGAGAGCGGUCUGAGCGUGUCACUUUGUCUAACUGGGCAGAACUUACACCUGAGCUGUUAAAGAUCCUGCAUUCUCGGGUUGCUGGCCGGCUGAUCAUCAAUGCAGAUGAGUUGGCCCAGAUGUGGAAGGUGCUGAGUCUCCCAACAGAUCUGUUUAAUAGUGUGAUGAAGGUGGGCCGCUUCACGGAGGAGAUUGAGUGGCUCAAGUUUUUAGCCCUUGCUUGCAGCUCUCUUGGAGUUCUCACGUCCCGGUCCAUGCACCCAACCAGUCUCGCCAAAGCCCUGCUCUCUCAGGAUCAGCAGUUCCAGAAGUUGCAGGAGUGGCACCGCAAGAACCGCUCAAAUCUCAACUUGCGCCACCUUUUCGAAGGGGACAAGGAACGCUUCAACCGCUUCAGCCUGACCCUCAACACCAACCAUGGGCAGAUUCUGCUGGAUUACUCCAAGAACCUUGUGACGGAGAAUGUAAUGCAGAUGCUGGUGAACCUGGCCAAGUCCAGGGGUGUGGAGGCUGCCCGGGAUCGUAUGUUCAGUGGGGAGAAGAUUAACGUCACUGAAGACCGGGCAGUGCUGCACGUGGCCCUGCGGAACCGGUCAAACACACCCAUUCUGGUGGAUGGCAAGGAUGUGAUGCCAGAAGUUAACAGGGUCCUGGAGAAGAUGAAGUCUUUCUGCCAGCGCGUCCGCAGUGGUGCCUGGAAGGGGUACUCAGGCAAGGCCAUCACGGACAUCAUCAAUAUCGGCAUCGGCGGCUCUGACCUGGGCCCCCUCAUGGUGACAGAAGCCCUCAAGCCGUACUCUUCAGGAGGUCCCCAGGUCUGGUUUGUCUCUAACAUCGAUGGGACGCACAUUGCCAAAACCCUAGCUGUACUGAACCCUGAGACCUCUCUGUUCAUCAUCGCCUCCAAAACCUUUACCACCCAGGAGACCAUCACAAAUGCAGAGACUGCCAAGGAAUGGUUUCUUCUGUCGGCCAGGGAUCCUUCUGCAGUUUCGAAGCACUUUGUUGCCCUGUCUACCAACGCGACUAAAGUGAAGGAGUUUGGAAUUGAUCCACAAAACAUGUUUGAGUUCUGGGAUUGGGUAGGAGGCCGCUACUCGCUGUGGUCAGCCAUUGGACUCUCCAUUGCCCUGCAUGUGGGGUUUGACAACUUCGAGCAGCUGCUCUCAGGGGCUCACUGGAUGGACAAUCAUUUCCGCAGAACACCCCUAGAGAAGAAUGCCCCUGUCUUGCUGGCUCUGCUGGGUGUCUGGUACAUCAACUGCUUUGGGUGUGAGACGCAGGCCAUACUGCCCUAUGACCAGUACAUGCACCGCUUUGCUGCCUACUUCCAGCAGGGUGACAUGGAGUCCAAUGGGAAGUCUAUCACCAAGUCUGGCACCCGUGUAGACCACCAGACGGGCCCCAUUGUGUGGGGGGAGCCAGGGACAAAUGGCCAGCAUGCCUUCUACCAGCUCAUCCACCAAGGCACCAGGAUGAUACCCUGUGACUUCCUCAUCCCGGUCCAGACCCAGCACCCGAUAAGGAACGGUUUGCAUCACAAGAUCCUCCUUGCUAACUUCUUGGCCCAGACUGAGGCCCUGAUGAGGGGGAAAGCAAUGGAUGAGAUCAGGAAGGAGAUGCAGGCUGCAGGAAAGAAUCCUGAUGACUUUGAGAAGCUGUUGCCACACAAAGUGUUUGAAGGAAAUCGCCCAACCAACUCUAUUGUGUUCACCAAGCUCACGCCAUUCAUUCUGGGAGCCUUGAUUGCCAUGUAUGAGCACAAGAUCUUCGUACAGGGUGUCAUCUGGGACAUCAACAGCUUUGACCAAUGGGGAGUGGAGCUGGGAAAGCAGCUGGCUAAGAAAAUUGAGCCUGAGCUUGAUGGCAGCAGCCCAGUGACCUCUCAUGAUUCCUCCACCAAUGGGCUAAUCAACUUCAUCAAGCAGGAGAUCAAGGCCUGAAGCCAAUAAACUUAUGCUCCACUGCAGCCUCUGUUGUAACUGGUCCUUCAUGUCCCUCCUCACCAGAGUCUGGACUGCAGGGUCCUGCCCAGAGAACUGACUGGUUGCUGGCUUAGAUCACAGCCCUUUGGGGGAUGCUGCUCUGCACCCCACCAUGUUCACAGGCCCUCUGUUUUACAAUUAAUUGGAAUGUUCAGUGUAACUGACCUGUAUUCACAUUGUUCCUACAC